CACUCACUCACUCACUCACUCACUCACUCACUCACUCACUCACUCACUCACUCACUCACUCACUCACUCACACACACACACACACACACACACACACACACACACACACAGUCCUGCCUGACAGUGGGAGAGGUUGCUAGGACGCACAGUCGUGCGUAAGUUUUUGUCUUUGGCACUGCAGGCUGUUUCGAGGAAACUACCGCGCGGUUAAGGACUUUAAAGGGAGUAAAGACGGCCAUGAAAGGAAACAAUGGCACGUGCACAGUUUCAUCGGAAAAUAAAUCUCCGCCGACGCCGAAGGAGUUGGAGGGACGGGGUCAUUGGAGCAGUAAAGCCGAGUUCAUCCUGACCGUGAUGGGCGCAAUAAUCGGACCUGGUAAUGUGUGGAGGUUCCCCUACUUGUGCUACAGGAACGGCGGAGGCGUGUUCUUCAUACCAUACACCUUGUUCAUGAUUACGUGCGGAAUACCCUUAUUCUUCCUCGAGACUGCCUUAGGACAAUACACCAGCCAGGGGAGUGUCACGUGCUGGAGAAGGAUUUGUCCGCUUUUCCAAGGCAUGGGCUAUGCCAGCCACUUAAUCAUCGCAUUCAGUGCCACCUCGUACAUCAUCAUCAUUGCAUGGGCCUUCUUCUACCUGUUCUUGUCCUUCAGCGCGGAGUUACCUUGGGCAUCAUGUGGACACGAGUGGAACACAGACUCAUGUCUGGACAUCAUCCAUCGAAAUCUGAGCCUCAGCACGACAUCCACACGGAAUACCACACUUCCUGUUGUGGAGUUCUGGGAGCGCCGGGUUUUGAAGAUCUCCGGUGGCAUCGAGGAGGUCGGAAGCUUGAGGUGGGAGCUGGUCUUGUGUCUCAUCCUGACCUGGGUCAUCUGCUACUUUUGCAUUUGGAAGGGCAUCAAGUCAACAGGAAAGGCGUCUUUCUUUACAGCCACUUUCCCCUUUGUUAUGCUGUUUGUUUUGCUGAUACGUGGCGUAACACUACCAGGGGCAAUAGAUGGCAUCAUUUACUACCUCUACCCCGAUCUCUCCCGCCUUUCAGAUCCCCAGGUGUGGAUGGAUGCUGGCACUCAGAUCUUCUUCUCCUAUGCCAUCGGCCUUGGGUUCCUCACCUCCCUUGGGAGCUACAACACCUACAACAACGACUGUUACAGGGACUGUUUCUACUUGUGUCUACUGAACAGUGCCACCAGCAUUGUGUCGGGCUUCGCCAUUUUCUCUGUUUUGGGUUUCAUGACCAACGAACAAGGGGUGGAUAUUUCUGAAGUGGCCCAAUCAGGCCCGGGGUUGGCAUUCAUUGUCUACCCACGCGCUGUAGCCAUGAUGCCCAUGCCUCAGGUUUGGUCCGUGUGUUUCUUCCUCAUGAUCAUUCUGCUGGGAUUGGACAGUCAGUUUGUCGGCCUGGAGUGUAUGAUGACGUCAUUGACGGAUUUGUUCCCUACUUCCUUGCGCCAAGGCUAUCGACGCGAGCUGGUCCUGCUGGCUCUCUGCAGUGUCUGCUGCCUGCUGGGACUCUGCCUGGUCACUGAGGGAGGGAUGUACCUGCUCCACCUGUUGGAUCAUCACGUCUGCAGCGGUACCACCCUGCUCAUCCUCUCCCUUUUCCAGUCAGUCAGCAUUGCCUGGGUGUACGGUGCUGAUCGUUUCUAUGGCAACGUGACAGACAUGAUCGGGUAUCGCCCGUACCCUUUGAUGAAGUACUGCUGGCGCUACAUCACUCCCUGCUUCUGUUUUGGCACCUUCAUCUUCUCCAUCGUCAAAUACACCCCGCUGAAGUUCAGUAACACCUAUGUUUAUCCACUCUGGGCCAACGUCUUGGGUUGGUUCAUAGCCACGGUCUCCCUCUCCCUCAUCCCUCUCUAUAUGGUACACAAAAUAAUCCAGGGAAAAGGGACUCUUCGACAGCGUUUCUUGCUACUGUGCCAGCCGGUGGAUCUUGCUUUGGAUCAAAAAGUUCUUCCCACAGUGGGCACCACGGCCCUCACAGAGCUUAAACCUUUAUCCCAUAAUGUGGAACUCACUCAGUAGGUUUCCAUCAUGAGUAAAGCAACAUCAUGAAGACAUACUGCCCUUGGUUCUGAACCGUGGCCACCAAAGACCCUGACAGGCUGCUCUCAACCAACUCGAACCAAUAGCUUUAGUUUAAGAAAUAAAGGUGCAGUUGAAUCAUUGUUGAACUUUGAACUUUAAUCCAAAAUGUCUCUGUGAGCAGCCGGCCUUAUCCUCACAUAAAGUUGUUGAUCUACAUCUACCUGUACAGUUUUCAAACCAUCUUUCUCAAUAUAAUUUGGCAGGAAUAUGGAAAAUGAGACCGAUUAUUACAACUAUUUUUAUGUAAUGCCCAUGCAUGGAUCACAUCUGCCAUGUUGCAUUUUAAUGUGUGUUUUGUAUGAUUUCCUUUGGGUUUUUUUUGUAACGUGAGUAGUUUUAUUGUACAUCCACUGGCUACAUUUUUCUGUAUUGUUCAUAUAGUGAUGUGAUAUAGUCAUCUUUUUCUGUCUAGUGCUGCAGUAUAUUUGCAUCUAAAUAGGGAGUGGAAUGUAUGCGCCAUAUAAAGUGCUACACACACGUCUUCAUAUGAACUCUUUAAACUGUGGUAAAUGCCUUGUAACAACACAUUAAGGUUAUUUUACCUCGAUACACAAUACUUUAACUUUUUGUACACCUAAUGGACUCUGGGUUGACCUGCUACUUUUGCCAUUACCUUGUGGUAAAUGGUAGAUAUAAUAUAUUUCAUCUGCCCUUGCUAUGCAAACAAUGGAUCAACAAAUACAAAAAGGAUGGCUGAUUGUGAAAGUUAUGAAGUUAAUGUGAUCACUUUUUUUUACCUCCUAUUAAAGGGAGAACUUUGGCAUCUUGGAAAAGCUGCCAUUGAGUAUCAACUAUGACAAUUCUAUUCAACGAGGGCCCCAGCAUACGAUCCCACAGUGAGUCAGCCUGUUCUACUUUUACAUGUCAAAUUGUCAGCUCCAUGUUCCAGCGUGUUAACCUUCCACAAUAAGAGUAAGAAGCCGGGUUUGAUCCGCCAGCCCGAGGUACCCAAAGGUAGUUAUUGUAUGCUAUGCAAGUUGAGCAACUGUACUCACUGUGUGCCUACUUAAAUCCUGUGUGCCUGUUACUACAUGCCAGUGACUAAAACAUGUGCACGAUGUAUUUACAGUUAACUUCAGUGACCAAAACCACACUGACGCUUCCAGUCAGUAUGGUGACUUAUUAAA